AAAAACGCAUCUGAAUAAUCCUUUCCCGCCUCUUGCACUCCCCCGUCAAUACUGUCCCCUUUCUCUCGUACAGAAUCUAGGGUUCCCAUUUCUAACUCUUUCAAUUUCUACACUUCCAAGGUUUCACAUCCCCAGUUUUCACUAAAAAUGCACGUAAAGGAGGUCUGUUUAGAGGGGUUUAAAUCCUACGCAACUAGAACAGUGGUACCAGGUUUCGACCCCUACUUCAACGCAAUUACGGGUCUGAACGGAUCGGGCAAGUCAAACAUCCUCGACUCGAUUUGUUUUGUUUUGGGCAUCACAAAUUUGCAACAAGUUAGGGCUUCUAAUUUGCAGGAGCUGGUGUACAAGCAAGGUCAAGCUGGAAUUACCAAGGCUACUGUUUCUGUAGUUUUUGAUAAUUCGGAUCGCAGCCGGAGCCCUCUUGGGUACGAGGAUUGCCCUGAAAUUACCGUUACUCGCCAGAUUGUGGUUGGUGGAAGAAAUAAGUACUUAAUCAAUGGGCACCUUGCUCAGCCUAGUCGAGUUCAAAAUCUUUUCCACUCAGUGCAGCUUAAUGUGAAUAAUCCACAUUUUCUUAUAAUGCAAGGGCGUAUUACAAAAGUAUUGAACAUGAAACCUCCUGAAAUCUUGUCUAUGCUUGAAGAGGCUGCAGGGACAAGAAUGUAUGAAACAAAAAAAGAGGCUGCCUUGAAAACGCUUGAAAAGAAACAGAGCAAGGUGGAUGAGAUUAAUAAGCUUCUUGAUCAGGAAAUACUUCCUGCUUUGGAGAAGUUGAGGAAAGAGAAAAUGCAGUACAUUCAAUGGGCUAAUGGAAAUGCAGAAUUGGAUCGAAUGAAGAGAUUUUGCAUUGCUUAUGAGUAUGUUCAAGCAGAAAAGAUUAGGGAUAAUGCAGUUCAGGGCAUGGAAGAAAUAAAUAACAAGAUUUCUGAGAUUGGCAAUAGUGUAGAAAAGAUGCAUGAGGAAAUACAGGUUAUGGAAAAGAAGGUAUCAGAGUUGAGUGCUGAAAAAGAAGCAAGCAUGGGUGGGGAAUUAAAAAUUCUAUCAGAGAAAGUUGAUGCUCUAUCCCGGGAUCUUGUGAAAGCAACAUCAGUGCUGAAAAAUCAAGAAGACAUUCUCAUGACUGAAAAAGGGAAUGCUGCAAAGAUGGAGAGAAAUCUUGAAGAAUUAAAACAAUCUGAAGAAGAGAAGGCUAAAGCUGUAAAAUCUGCAGAAGAUGGAGCAGCCGAUCUGAAAAGAAGUUAUCAAGAGCUUUCUAAGAGUUUGGAAGAGCAUGAAAAGGAGUACCAAGGUGUAGUAGCAGGUAAGAGCAGCGGAAAUGAAGACAAAUGCCUUGAAGAUCAAUUAGGUGACGCCAAGAUAGAAGUUGGAAAAACAGAGACUGAAUUAAAGCAGUUGCAGACAAGAAUAAGUCAUUGCGAGAAAGAGCUGAAGGAGAAAAGCAGCCAGUUAUUAUCAAAACGUGAAGAAGCUUUUGCUAUAGAAAAUGAGUUGAAUGUUAGGAGGAAAGAUGUUGAAAAGGAUCAGAAGUCUUUGGAAUCUCUUUCCUAUGAAGAGGGUCGUAUGGAAGCGUUACAAAAGGAUCGUGCUGUUGAGGUAGAGAUGGUGCAGAAGUUUAGGGACGAAGUGCGGAUUCUAUCAUCGCAAUUGGGAAAUGUGGACUUCAGUUACAACGACCCUGCAAAUAAUUUCGAUAGGUCAAGGGUGAAAGGGGUUGUUGCAAGACUAAUUAAAGUGAAAGAUAGUUCUGCAAUGACUGCCCUUGAGGUUGCUGCCGGUGGGAAGUUAUUUAAUGUUGUUGUGGACACUGAAAACACAGGAAAACAACUUCUUCAAAAUGGUGGUCUACGAAGGAGAGUGACAAUCAUUCCUCUAAACAAAAUUCAAAGCCAUCCUGUCCCACCGAGAGUCCAAUCUGCUGCCGCGAGACUGGUUGGCAAAGGCAAUGCUGAAGUGGCACUUUCUCUUGUUGGAUAUGAUGAUGAAUUGCAAAGUGCAAUGGAAUAUGUAUUUGGAUCAACCUUUGUUUGCAAAACCAGUGAUGCUGCACGAGAGGUUGCCUUCAAUGGAGCAAUAGGAAGACCUAGUGUGACUCUCGAAGGUGACAUUUUUCAGCCUAGCGGGCUUUUAACGGGUGGUAGUCGCAGGGGAGGUGGUGAACUGUUGAGGCAACUUCAUGCUUUGGCAGAGGCCGAGUUAAAACUUUCUUUUCAUCAGAAAUGUCUAUCACAAAUUGAUGCCAAGAUUAAUGAGCUCCUUCCCCUUCAAAGAAAGUUCAAAGAUCUUAAGGCACAAUUGGAACUCAAAUCGUAUGAUCUUUCACUUUUCCAGAAAAGGGCCGAGCAAAAUGAGCACCAUAAGCUUACUGAAGUAGUAGAGAAGAUCGAGCAAGAGCUUGGAGAAGCAAGAUCUGCCAUUAAAGAGAAGAAAAUUUUAUUUGAAAACUGUGUAGCUAAGGUUUCAUCUCUUGAGAAGUCAAUCCAUGAACAUGCUGGUAAUCGAGAAACCAGGCUUAAAGAGUUAGACAAGAAGAUUAAGGCUAUUAAAAGUCAGAUGCAGUCAGCAACCAAGGACCUCAAGGUGUAUGAAAGUAAACGGGAGAGGCUUAUAAUGGAAAUGGAAGCAGCUAAAAUGGAACAUGGUUCACUGGAAAGUCAGUUGGAUGCUUUGAAGAAGCAGAUCAACAAUCUUACUUUGGAAGUGGAUUCUUGCAAAACCAUGGUUGCUUCAUUGAAAAAUAAUCAUGAUCAGGCCCAAUCUGAGCUCAACUCAGCUAGGACGAAGAUUAAGGAACAUGAUUCACAAAUUACUAGCAUUGUCAAGGAGCAACAGAAGCUUCAGAAUAGAAUGAGUGAGACAAACCUUGAGAGGAAGAGAUUGGAGAAAGAGGUGAAACGCGUGGAAAUGGAUCAAAAAGAUUGUGCUUUGAUGGUUGAAAAAUUAAUAGAGAAGCAUCCCUGGAUUGCAGCUGAAAAACAACUUUUUGGGAGAACGGGAUCAGAUUAUGACUUUGCAUCUCGUGAUCCCAGCAAGGCUAGGGAAGAAUUCGAAAUACUGCAAGCUGAACAAUCUGGCCUUGAGAAAAGGGUAAAUAAGAAAGUCAUGGCCAUGUUUGAGAAAGCUGAAGAUGAGUACAAUGACUUAAUAUCCAAAAAGAACAUUAUUGAGAAUGACAAGUCAAAAAUCAAGUUGGUGAUUGAAGAGCUUGAUGAGAAGAAGAAGGAAACCCUUAAAGUUACUUGGGUGAAAGUAAACAAAGAUUUUGGAUCCAUCUUUUCUACUUUGUUACCUGGCACAAUGGCAAAACUGGAACCACCUGAAGGAUGCAGCUUCCUUGAUGGUCUGGAGGUUCGUGUUGCAUUUGGAGAUGUUUGGAAACAGUCCUUAUCAGAACUUAGUGGAGGGCAAAGAUCUCUGCUUGCACUCUCUUUAAUCUUGGCAUUGCUUCUUUUCAAACCUGCUCCACUUUAUAUAUUGGAUGAGGUCGACGCUGCUCUUGAUCUAAGUCAUACCCAGAACAUUGGAAGGAUGAUCAGAACUCAUUUUCCACAUUCCCAGUUUAUUGUAGUUUCUUUGAAGGAAGGCAUGUUUAACAAUGCCAAUGUUCUUUUCCGAACAAAAUUUGUGGACGGUGUAUCUACUGUGCAGAGAACGGUCGCAAAUAAGCAAAACAAGUGAUUUCAGUUAACUGAUUCUUGAUCUGUCUGUAUCUACGGCUGGAUACAAGCUGCUGGACUCUAGGAAUGUCGUACUUGUAUGUUGUUUUGAUAUAUUGCAAUUUUAAUGUUUUUGAUGUAUGCUUAAAUAUGUAAUCUUCCAAUUUAGUUAAUAUUAGGUGAGCGGCUGUACUAUGAUCGUUCCGGAGACGUGGCCUAUUCAAAAGACCUCUUGUAUGCUUUAAGCUCCGUUCUGUCAAUUAUACCUAUUGGCAGUAAACUGUCUCUAGUAAGAUGUAUAUGAUUAGCUGUAAUGUAUUUAUUCAAGUUUCUUUCAUUUUUCA